ACAACGGCAAAGAACAGCGCCUGCACCCCACCAAUUCGAGCUUGUCUCGUCCGACGAAUUCGGAGCGCCGCACCCACUACCUAGGGAACUUGGCGAUCUCCCGCUUUACCCUGAUGAGGAUGGCUUUUACUCUGUCAACGGUCCUUUGGACCUCACCAUCCUUCCUUCUAACGUCGCUGUCCCUCCCGUGGAUCGCGGGAAUCAUGUUACAUUUCACCCUUUAACGAACCAAACCCAACACCUUGCUGACCAACAACACCCACACAUCUCUCCUCAUCAUCGCCAGCGCUCUAGCAGCCAUCUUAGCGGGUCAGUUACCCCCCUCUCAAAUCCCUACCCUAUAUAAGUACCCGGCAUUUAGAACCCUGGAAUUUGAGUCCGAGUUUGGUGCGGGCCCUUAGGUGUGCACAGAUGAUUUAACAUACAAACUUUUGCCCCCUGUGUUCCUGCCCCAAAUGCCGGUUACUUAUGCCCUGGCUCCCGUUCCCUCGCUAACCACACGAUAGUGAACCGCACACACGUCCCGAGAGGAGGAAUCACUCUUGCGACCAGCCCGGUUGUGCCUGGCCAUCUUCGUUCUCGACGCGACAGGCCUUGACGCGCCAUCGCGAGGCGGUGCAUCUCAAUCUACGUGUGGACUGCCCGAUUCCCGGAUGCGAAAGGGUUGGGGAUAAGGGAAUAAGUAGAAAAGAUAACCUUCCGGCUCAUGUAUG